CCGGAGCCUCCACCCCGGGGCCUAAACUCGAGUCCAAAAGAUGGGGCCUCGAUGUGUGGUUUCUGGGCCGAGGGACCCUGUGGGUCGCUUUCCCCUCUCCAGAGUGAGCUAACGCAGGAUAACGCUGCACUGCUCCGAGCAACUUCCCCGCCCCAUGCCGCGUCUGGAAGGCGUGGCCGAGAAGCGAGAUCUCCGCGCACGCGCGGCGCAGGCGCGCUUGGAUCCGGCGCUGUUGCCCUCGGGUGACGGCGGAGUUUCCCUCUUGAAUUCUAGGUAGCCACGCGAAGCGCACGCCGGGCCGGAGGCCUACCCCGGAGGCAUCUGGCCCGGGACUCCGCGGAUUCUGGAGGCCGAAGCCCACGUGCACGCAAGACCUCUGCGGCUUCUGGGCCGCCCAGUCCCGGGACGGGCUCGCUCACUCAGAGCUUCCGCGCCUCUCCUCGGGUUCCUCUGCUGGAUUGUAGCCCCGGCUGGGCACCAGGAGUACAAAGGAAAAUCCCACGCCGAUCCUUCUGUUCUCCACCGUCUCCAGGGAGACACGGACAACAGAACAGUUCCGUGUGCUAAAUAGUAAAGCACUAAGGUACUCGAUCCAGGGGCGGCGUGCAGUGGGGAGGAUUUUCCAAAUGGCUGCAGCUCCCCAGGCACCGGCGCGGGGAUCUGUGCGUAAGACAAGACCUUUGGUUGUGAAGACGUCGUUGAACAACCCAUACACCGUCUGCUGGAGCGCUCUGGGGAGCGAGGAUAUGCACUUCAUCCUGCAGACGCUGGAGAACAGGUUUAAAGCUAUUGGACUUCAGAAGAUUGAAGACAGGAAGAAAAAGAACAAAACACCUUUUCCGAAAAAAGAAAGCAAACAGAAAUGCAGCCUCGCUGUUGAUAUCAGCGAGGAUCUGAAGGAGAAGAAAACAGAUGCUAAGCAGCAGGUGUCUGGGUGGACGCCCGCACACGUCAGGAAGCAGCUUGCCAUUGGCGUUAACGAAGUUACCAGAGCCCUGGAGAGGAGUGAGCUGCUGUUAGUUCUGGUGUGUAAAUCUGUCAAGCCUGCCAUUAUCACCUCACACUUGAUUCAGUUAAGCCUCAGCAGAACUGUCCCUGCCUGCCAGGUCCCCCGGCUCAGCGAGAGAAUCGCCCCUGUCAUAGGCUUAAAAUGUGUUCUAGCCUUGGGGUUCAAAAAGAACACCAGUGACUUUGUGGAUGAAGUAAGAGCCAUCAUCCCCAGAGUACCCAGUUUAAGUGUGCCGUGGCUUCAAGACAGAACUGAAGAUGCUGGGGAAAAUUUAGAGACUGAACCUGUGGAGAGCCAAGACAAAGAGCUUUUGGACACUUCAUUUGAAGAUCUGUCAAAACCUAAGAGAAAGCUUGCUGAAGGUCAGCAGGCUUCUGUAACAUUACAACCUCUUAAAAUAAAGAAACUGAUUCCAAACCCUAAUAAGAUAAGGAAACCACCCAAAAGUAAAAAAGCUACUUCAAAAUAAUCGUGCAUAAACUUGUCAUGUCAUAUAGUUUGUAAAAGGACACCUAUAAAGAAGCCUUGAAAUUAAUAAAUUGAGUUAUAUUUACAUA